AUGGACGUGGUGGGCCCCCUGAAGCUUGGAGCUGCUGGAGCUGAGUAUUUUCUCACCAUUGUCGACGUCUACACCCGCAUGACUUGGGUGUACGUGCUGGCCAAGAAGAGCGACGUGGCUGAAACGUUGAAGACGGAUUGGUUCCCGAUGGUGGAGCGGCAACAAGACCGUCUAGUCAAGUCAAUCCGCACCGAUCGAGGGGGAGAGUUCCUGAGCAAGGAGUUUGGGUUGUGGCUGAAGAAGAAUGGUAUUCGGCACUCCCUCACCAUGCCAUACUCCCCUGCAAUGAACGGCAUCGCCGAGCGAGCGAACCGCACAAUCACGGAGGCGGCACGCGGGUUGCUCAUUGAAGCCGGGCUACCCGACUAUUUCUGGCCUGAUGCGGUGCGGAGCGCGUGUGUGGCCAAGAACAGAGCCUUGACUCAUGUGGGAGCAGACAAAUGGGUGCCCUAUGUGGAGUGGCUAGGAAGGAAGCCAAAGGUGGAUAUGCUUCGGGUGUUCGGGUGCAUGUGCAUGGCGCUCGUGCCUAAGCAUCUUCGGCACAACAAGCUUGGUGCCAAGGCGGUGUGGGCCGUGCACUUGGGCAUGGCUCAAAACAGCAAGGGAUGGCUUCUUUGGGACCCAUUCACCAAGAAGUUCUUGGUGAGCAGGGACUGCAAGUUCAUGGAGAACUUCAUGUACAAGGAUUGGAAGGCGGAGAAUGAGGCGAAGAUAGGCGUGCGGUUUGGGGAGGUGAAGAGUUCCGGUUUGGAGCAUGUGGAGCUGCCUUUGGAGCUGAGCAGUGGCAGCACAACCACAAGGCAAUCCUCCCUUGUGAAUGGGGGAGAGGAGGCCAAUGAUGCAGAGGAAGAAGAGGAGGAGGUGCAGCAAGUGAGCGAGCGUGCACCGUCACUCCCUUCCCGUACUACGAGUGCUCCACGGAUUCGAGCCACACCGCAGCAACGCCAAGGCCUUCAAGUCCCUGCAGCUGAGGAGGAAGGAAGGGGGAAGAGGAGAGUUCAACCCCCUAAUAGGCUGACCUAUGAUGCGCCGGGAAAGCAGGGCAAGACAGCCCUGGCCGGAGCGGCAAUGAUGGUCGGAGACGACGAGGAGAGUGACUACGAGGAGUGUGCCUUCGCGUUCUUCUCUCCGGUGGAGAUGCCGGGAGAACCAGCAACUCUCAAGGAGGCUUUGGAGAGUAGUGAUGCUGAGGAGUGGAAGAAGGCCAUGGAGAGUGAGCUGAAGCGCAUCGAGGAGAAUGACACGUUUGAAUUGGUGGAGCUACCGGAGGGGCGUACGGCGAUAACGUCCAAGUGGCUCUUCAAAAUCAAGUCGGAUGCCGACGGCAAGAUCGAGCGCUACAAGUCUAGGCUUGUAGCCAAGGGGUACCAGCAGAAGGAGAAGGUGGACUUCAAGGAGCUGUUUGCCCCUGUGGUGAAGCCGACGACGCUGCGAACCCUAUUCGCGGGAGCCGCCAUCAAAGGAUGGGUAGUAAAGCAAAUGGACAUCGUAACGGCAUUCCUUAACGGCAUCCUUGAGGAGGAGAUUUUUAUGGCGCAGCCAGAGGGGUUUGAUGAUGGUAGUGGCAGAGUGUGGAAGCUGAAGAAGGCCCUCUAUGGGCUGAAGCAGGCCCCUAGGCAAUGGUACAUGAAGCUGCGCGAAGUGUUGGAGGGGAUCGGCUUCACUCCCUCAACGGCCGAUCACUCCUUGUUCAUGCUUGGCGAGGGGGAGCAGAGGAGUUUCAUGGUGGUUUAUGUGGAUGACAUCCUCAUUUUCUCACCCUCUUCUGACCUUGUGAAGGAGGUGAUGCUGAAGCUUCAAGACAAGUUCAAGUGCAAGGCCCUUGGUGACGUGAGCUUCUACCUUGGGCUCCACAUCGAACGAGAUGUGGAGAAGCGGUGCAUGCGGGUGCAUCAACGAAAGUACCUGGAGGCAUUGGCUGCCAAAUUUGGGCAGAGUGAAGGCCAUGUGGCUACACCCUUUCCCUCUGGGUUCAAGUGUGUGAAGGGACCAGAGGAGGAGAGCGUUGGUGAAGAGGAGAGGCGCCGAUUUCACUCGUUGGUGGGCAGCCUCAUGUAUGCGGCGGUAAACACCCGACCGGACGUCGCGUUUGCUACCGGGCAGCUGGCUAGGGUUGUGCAAUGCCCUAAUGAGGAGCAGGUAGCAGCUGGAAUGAGGGUGGCCAAGUAUCUUGGCCAAACACCGACCGUUGGGCUGCAAUACUCGGCGGCGGCACAAAGGCGCCAAAAGGGCGCGGAUGGUGUUGAACCCGGGCGUUUGUUCCUCACCGCCUACUCGGAUGCUUCAUAUGCAUCAGAACCAGAGGACAUGACAAGUGUGGGAGGCUUCAUAUGCUGUGUUGGUGGAGGCCCAACUGCUUGGGAGAGCAAGAAGCAGGUUGACCAAGCUUUGAGCUCGGUGGAGUCCGAGUACAUGGCACUCUUCCGUGCCGGUGCCAUUGCUCUUGCUAAGAACCCUGUGUUGCAUGGACUCACGAAGCACAUGAGGGUGAAGUGGCAUUGGACGAGGAGCAUGGUAACCGCGGGUGAAGUUGAGUUGCGCUACGUGAAGACCACGGGGCAGCCGGCUGACAUGAUGACCAAGAGGCUGGUGGAGCAGCAGCAUUGGAAGUGUUGCAAGCUGGCUGGGAUGGCUCUGAACUGA